AUGGUCAAAGGGUAUCCGUUGCGGAUACCCGCCAGUGCCAACAGAUACCCGCCAGUGCCAACGGAUACCCGCCAGUGCCAACGGAUACCCGCCAGUGCCAACGUAUACCCGCCAGUGCCAACAGAUACCCGCCAACGGGUGCGGAUGGCCCCUUUUCCGCAAAAAGUUGGCGGGUAUCCGGGUAUCCCAAAGGAUACCCGCGGCCGGAAGGCAAGAUGGCCGACUGGAAGGAGACCCUUCCAGCCGGCGAGGUACUUGUACCUCGUCGACCGGAAGGGCAGCCUUCAAGGUACAAGUACCUCGACGGCUGGAAGGGUCUCCUUCCAGCUGGCGAGGUACAAGUACCUCGAUGGCUGGAAGGGUCUCCUUCCAGCCGGCGAGGUACUUGUACCUCGUCGACCGGAAGGGCUUCCUUCCAGCCGGCAAGGUAUAGAAACCUCGCACAACUCUGGCCGUGAACUUGCCCCCGAUAAGGCCGCAGCAACAAUUCCGAUUUCAAAUCAUGAAAACGGAGGCGCCAAGGAGGGGAGCGAGGUUGAUAAGCAGAUUAUUGAGACUGAGUCAAUUCAGAACCGGAUGGAGCAUCAACAUAUUGGUAGCGGACUUGAGAAAACGAAAAUUGCUGCGAGUGAACACGACUUGAGUACACACCACGAGAAGGUUUCAGCGCUAGAGAACUUGGCUCAAAAGCAAGCAGAUUACGAUUCGAUGACCAAGUUGCUUGAUUGGACUAACAGAGAAAUUAGGAUAGUCUUUGCAACUCAAAUUCUUGAAAACGCCCCGGAAUUACACGUAGACAAAUCUGGCAUUGAGAUGCUGAAGGAGAUUGAUGAGGAAUUAACAGUGGUCGCUAACGCUGCACUGUCCAUCUAUGGCCCCCCGAAGACACCACCUGAGAAAUCUUUACUCCUCAAAUCAUCCACCCAACUUUUGCACCCGAGCUUGAUGAAUACUGUCAAGGUCUAUAAGGAAGGGAUUCCUAGGCUCUUCGAACUUCUAUAUACACCCGCAACCUUGUCGCCAUACUACUCAUAUGUUGGAAUCGCUUCAAAAAGCUGUAUACUGAAAAUGUUUGAAUACUUGAGCAAAUACAAGAUGAUGCCUACUGAUCUAGAGGAUGGCUUUAGAAUGACGAUGAAAAGUCCCGCUGGCCUAGAAUGGAUAGCAAAAGAAAUGCAGGGCGCAUUCCUGCCAGGCUCCAAGUACGGGAUCAAUUUUCACGUCCCCCUGAAUGAAGCUGUACCUCGUCGACCGGAAGGACUUCCUUCCAGUCAACGAGGUACAAGUACCUUGCCGGCUGGAAGGAGACCCUUCCAGCCGGCCCUUUAG